AUGGACGCUAAGCCGCAGCGUUUCCGAGCCGUUGGGGAUGAGAACGUGCCUCCGUCUUCCCUGCAGAACCAUAAGGCAAUUCAUCAACGCAACAAGUCGAGUCCGGCUCUCAGCAUGAUGGCUCAAAACCAAAGCAACACUCGACGUGCCUUUGGCGACGUGAGUAAUACCAAGGACCUGAAUCGCGCCGCUUGUGAUGACUCUGCUGUGGGAGGAAAACAAGUCUUGGUGACUGAGGGGAAGCCUGGGCUGUCUCAGCCCGCUCAGCGCCCCAUGUCUUUGUCAAGUGCCAGGACCAUAAUCGAUAAGGUCGCCAAUACAAAGCCUAUCAACCCCGCCGGAAAGGCCCAGCCCGCAUACAAGGCUACGAAACGCACCAAUGCUGUGUUCAAAGAUCAACUGCAAACUGUCCCCGAGACAAAUUCAUCCAAGGAAAAAGAAGCACACAUCAAGACCGAAACAAAAGUCCCUCUGAAGGAAGCAGAGAAGGGAAUCAAGCCAACCCCCAUCGCCAUGGUCCCUUCCAAGGCUACUGUGGAUGUAUCUGCUCACAUUGAAUCUGAUGCGACCAUCUCUGAACCGGAGGAUAUCAAAGAACACGUACGCCUUAAGGAGCCCGUGCCAGCAGUAUCCGAGCCCGAGGAAUGGGAUGAAGACGAGACCGAAUAUCAUGUUGCGCCUUCUGGUCCCUCGCGUGGCGACCACACCGAUGGAACCACUGCUGUCAUCUAUCCUCGCAUGAACCAUGUGACGCAAAGCCAGAUGUUCCAGGCCAAGGCCAUUGUUGAAAGCGAGCAAACUGAGGAGGACCGCGAAGAAGAUUUGCUAGAUACUACCAUGGUGGCGGAGUACAAUGAUGAGAUCUUCCUUCAUCUGAGAAAAAAGGAGAUUGAUAUGCUCCCAGUGCCUGACUACAUGGCUAAUCAGGCGGAAAUCCAGUGGUCCAUGCGUUCGGUCCUGAUGGAUUGGCUUGUACAAGUCCACCAACGCUUCAACUUGCUCCCUGAGACUCUGUUCCUGACGGUCAAUUACAUUGACCGGUUCUUGUCUCACAAGAUUGUUUCACUUGGCAAGUUGCAGCUGGUGGGUGCAACUGCCAUCUUCAUUGCCGCUAAAUUCGAAGAGAUCACUGCACCAUCUGUGCAAGAGAUUGUGUACAUGGUCGAUGGUGGUUACACUGUUGAUGAAAUUCUGAAAGCAGAACGCUUCAUGCUUACUAUCCUUGACUUUGACCUAGGAUGGCCUGGCCCAAUGAGCUUCCUCCGACGCAUCAGCAAGGCUGAUGAAUAUGAUCUUGAGACUCGUACUGUUGCAAAGUACUUUCUUGAACUUGCUAUCAUGGACGAGCGCUUUGUCUGCACUCCUCCCAGCUUUGUCGCUGCAGGUGCUCACUGCCUGGCUCGUAUGCUUCUCAACAAGGGCAACUGGACCCCAGCCCACGCUUUCUACAGUGGAUACCUUUAUGCGCAGCUGGUCCCAGUCCUCACAACCAUGAUAGAAUGCUGCGAAAAUCCUCGCCGCCACCAUGCAGCCAUCUUUGAGAAAUAUGCCGAUCGUCGCUUCAAGCGCGCUUCUGUGUUUGUCGAAAACGAGCUGGCAACCGACUUUGUUCUGCCUGAGAUCGCUGAUCUCAAGGAUCCGGACCGCUUGGACGGGCUGGCCAACUACUAG